AUGUUACUUUCUUUGGCACUUAAUCUUCAGUGUGGAGACAUAACAAUUACGAGAACAUACAGGAUUGAAAAACGCCAGCUGUCCAAGAAAAUAGCACAAAGAAAGACAUGGCGAAAAUUUGGACAGGCAGCACAGGAUCUUCCGUCAGGACCAGAUCUUGCUACAACUCAAGUAGCUGAUGAUGUCUUUCUUACUCUUGCUACAAAUAAAGAGACUCUAGAACAGGAUGACGAUCCUUUGAAGAAAUUGCAAGGUCAAAAAAUUGUACAGUGUCGCAUUUGCAAAGGUGAUCACUGGACAACGAAAUGCCCUUACAAAGACAUGCUCGGACCUAUAGUAAAAGAUGUGGAGUCAGAGUCAAAGGGAGGUCAAACAGAAGCAAGAGUGAAAGGUGUUGCUGUAGCUUCUGGCAAAUACAUUGCACCAGGUAGAAGAGAAGAAGGUGGGGAUCGAAGAGGAGAAUCAAUGUCUAUGAGAAGAGAUGACCAGGCAACGUUACGGGUCACUAACCUGUCAGAUGAGACAACUGAAGCAGAUCUUCAAGAACUCUUCAGGAGAUUUGGAGCUAUUGCAAGAAUUUAUCUUGCAAAAGACAAAAUCACUCAACGCUCAAAGGGUUUUGCAUUUGUGAAUUAUCACCACAAGGAAGAUGCAGCACGUGCUAUUCAAGCUCUUAAUGGUUAUGGAUAUGAUCAUCUAAUUCUUAGUGUAGAGUGGGCAAGGCCUUCACCGAACUGAGCAAUGUUUCAGUGUUUACAUUCUUGCAUGCCAACGCUACAGCUAUCAUUUUUGGUAGUUCCGAGUGACCUUACGUUGCAAGGCUUUGCUGUUUUCGGUUGUUAGAAUACUGUAAUUCAAAAUGUGAACAA